GAAGUUCAGUUUCUGGGCCAUAUAGUUAACAAGAGAGGAAUUCAGGUGGAUCCUGCCAAAAUUGAGGCUAUUAGAAAUUGGGAAGCCCCGAGAACCGCUACAGAGAUCCGCCAGUUUCUUGGGUUAGCAAGCUAUUACCGGCGAUUCAUGGCAAAUUUUUCAAAAAUUGCACAGCCGCUCACUGCUUUAACCCAAAAAGAUAAGAAGUUCAUUUGGAGUGAGAGGCAUGAGGAAGCCUUCAAAACUCUCAAGCAGAAGUUGUGCAAUGCACCCAUCCUAUCUCUACCUGAGGGUUCAGAAAACUUCAUAGUCUUUUGUGAUGCUUCGCAUCAAGGGUUAGGUUGUGUAUUGAUCUAG